AUGCAGGCCAUGGACCCCGCCGCCAGCUUCUAUGAGGAGGAAGGCAAGGACCUGGACUUCUACGACUUUGAGCCGCUCCCCACUCUGCCGGAGGACGAGGAGAACGUGUCUCUGGCUGACAUCCUCUCCCUGCGGGACAGCGGCCUCAGCGAGCAGGAGGCCUGGGCUGUGUGCCUGGAGUGCAGCCUGUCCAUGCGGAGCGUCGCCCACGCGGCCAUCUUCCAGACGCUGUGCAUCACGCCCGACACGCUGGCCUUCAAUACCAGUGGGAACGUGUGCUUCAUGGAGCAGCUCAGCGAUGACCCCGAGGGUGCCUUUGUCCCCCCAGAGUUCGACCUGACUGGGAACACCUUUGAGGCUCACAUCUACUCUCUGGGGGCCACACUGAAGGCUGCCCUGGAGUACGUGGCGGAGUCCGAGCUGGAACCCAGGCUGAGCCCAGACCUGGAGGCGCUACUGAGCCAGAUGCAGGCGGAGGACCCCAGGGACCGGCCUGACCUGGAGAGCAUCAUAGCACUGUGCGAGGAGAAGGUGCAACCCGGGUCCUCCUGCCGCCUGUGCCGGAGCCUCUCAGCCGUCGGGAGGAGGGUCCUCUCCAUUGAGUCCUUUGGCGCGUUCCAGGACGUCGGGGAGAACACUUGGAAGGGAAGGCCUGCCUCGAGAAGCUCGGGCCCCAGGAGGCCUCCCGGGGACUCCAGCGCUGGCCCAGAGGCCCUGCCCACGCCGGAGAGCCUGCCCCAGCCCACCGCACGUGAAGACCCAGAGCAGGAGGCCAUCCGGGGCCCCAGACCCCCGCCCACCAGGCCACGGCUAUCAGCCCCCAUGAAGAACGGAGAGAACCCUGGCCGGGAAGGACUGGCCAGCCUCGUCCUGGACAGCAAAUGUCCCCUCCACGAGCUGGACACAGAUUUCCUCAGGCGGCGCCUGAGGAAAGUGCAGACAUUCCCAAGGCUGCUGCCGAAGGGCCCCGAGGCCAGCGCCCUCUGCUUCUCACUGAGCAGCCCCAGGAACCAUCUGAGCGUCUCUGAGCUCUUCCCCCCGGACCCCAGGGUCUUUCUGGAAGGGAAAAAUGGCCUCCCUAGCUUCAAGGCACAGCCCCAAAGCAGACUGUGGUCAGAGCAGCAGCCCAGGCUCCAGCUGGAAGGCGCACCGGGUGCAGGCCUCAGAGCGGACCGGGGGCUGAGGGCCUCAGGACAACAAGAGACCCCACUCCCUGGCCAGGAACCUGCGGAGGACAGCCCCCGACCCUGUCCCACAGAACCCGGAGAUGCAGGCCGGGAAGCCCAGACUCCAGGGGACGUCCAGGGGAUUCCCGGAGGAGCCGGGCAGCCGGAAAAGGCAGCCACAGAGCAGAGCCUGUCCCUGCAAGACCUCCUGUGCCAGCUGGGCCGGCCCUUCCGGGAGUAUGAGCUUUGGGCCCUGUGCCUCGCCUGCCUCCGAGCCCUGCAGACCCACAGCCAGCACCCAGCCUGCCUGUGCCUGGACAACGUGUUGGUGGCCGAGGACGGGGCUGUGCUCUUUGGGCCACCCCCUGACAAUGGCUCUUACAACUCGCUCUUCCUGGCUCCCGAGGUGGCAGAGGAAAGGCUGGUGACAGAGAAGGCUUCUGUGUACUGCGUGGCCGCCGUUCUAUGGACCGCAGCCAAGUUCAGCAUGCCCCGUGAGCAGAAGCUGGCCUUGCCACGCAGACUCAAGACCCUCCUACUGGACAUGGCAAGGCGCCACGCCCCUGAGCGGCCAUCUGUGGCUGAGGCCAUUAAGGUGUGUGGCAGCUACCUCCUCCAGCGAGGCAUGGACAGCAGCAAGAUCCUCGCCCACCUGCGGGUGUCCACCUGCAAGGUCCACCAGGAGGAAGAGACCAUCAGCCUCCAAGACACCUUCUCUGUGGUUGAACUGAAGCCCCGAGCAGCACCUGCUCCUCAGCCCAGCCCAGGCUUUCUGCCAAUCAGCAGUGACACCAGGCUGGUGGCUGUGCCAGGGCCUGUGCCUCACCCGCCCUCCAGCGAAGGAGCCAGAGAGCUGCCUGAGGCCUUCAGCUCUGAAGCCACGCACUUUAAACCCAUCGUCCUCAUGCAAGACUCAGGUGUGGCCAGGGACCAGCUUGCUGUGUCCUCAGGGCCAGCCAACCAGGCUGAGGAGAGGAGCAUCCAGCUGGACACAGAGGGCAAGGGGAAGCAGGGAGCCCAGAAUUUCUCGGGGGCCACCAGCCUGGAAACACCUUGCCACUCAGAGUCUGGUCCAGGGCCACAGGGAGCAGCCCCAGAGCCUGUUGGGGACCAGGAGAGCUCCUGCCAGUCAGGCCCUGACCCAACCAACCAGCCAGAGGAGGCCCCAUCAGCAGGGCCUGGGUCUCCAGGCCCUGCCCUGCCCCAGAAGGCGCUGGCACUGCCCCCCAACCAAGGGCCUGAUGGGCAGGCCCUGGCUGGAGUCAUUCAGCCCCCAGGGCCCUCCUCAGCCAACCACAGCCCAUGUCAUCCAUGCAAGCCACCCAGGAGCAAGGCCACAGAGCCAGAGGGUCCCCAGCCGUCGGCUCAGAGCCCCGCCCUGGCUGCACUGAGUCCAGACAGCCCCAGGGGCCCAGACAGACACCCCGAGAGGCCCCGGACAGCAGACCGCAAGAUCUCUCCGUCCAGUGUGGAUGCCUCAUCCCCCUCCAAGAGGACGGCCUGCCCCUCACUGCAGGAAGCUAUGCGCCUUAUCCGCGAGGAGUUUGCCUUUGAUGGCUACCUGGACAACGGGCUGGAGGCUCUGAUCAUGGGGGAAUACAUUCACGCCUUGAAAGACCUCACCUUCGCCACCUUCUGUGGAGCCAUAUCUGAGAAGUUCUGUGACCUCUACUGGGAUGAGCGGCUGCUGAAGAAUCUCUUCAAGGUGGUCAACCAGCCAGCCUCACCCUCCGAAAGCACUUCCCAGGAACCGGGGUCUCAGCCUGAGGGCUCGUCAGGCAGCUGUUCAACCUUCGGCAAAAGGCCCUCGCUCCACGGACUGGGCAAAGAGAAGGUGGUGGCAGCCCGGGGCAGCGGGGGCCCCUGCUCGCCCACCACGCAAUCGGACAGAGACUCGGACAUCCUCUCACAAGGAAACUUUGAGGUGGGAUUCCGGCCUCAGAAGUCGAUAAAAGCUGCUGGAGAAGGGCAGCCUGAGGUGAACGGGCAGCAAGUCCCUUGCCCGGAGCCUGCCAGCAGGGCCUCACACAUGGACACGGUGGCCCGGCUGGCCAGGCCCAAGGAGCGUGGCCCUGCUGGGUCUCUGGGCCCAGCAGAGUUCCGUAGCUGCAGCCCUGGCUGGUCCAGCGCCUUCUACGAGGCCGACUGCUUCGGGGCCGAUGUCCACAACUACGUGAAGGGUCUGGGCAUGCGGAAGGCCAGCGGGCACCCAGAGCCUGAAGCCGAGAGCCCUGAGCUGGAGCAGCAGCUCCUGAUAGAGAAGAGAAACUACCGGAAGACCUGGAAGUUCUACCAGAAGCUCUUGCAGAAGGAAAAGCGCAACAAAGGCUCCGAGGUGAAAACCAUGUUGUCCAAGCUGCGAGGGCAGCUGGAGGAGAUGAAGGCCAAGGUGCAGUUCCUCAGCCUGGUCAAGAAGUACCUGCAGGUCAUGUACGCAGAGCGCUGGGGCCUGGAGCCCUGCGCCCUGCCAGUGAUCGUGAACAUCGCGGCAGCCCCCUGCGACACACUGGACUUCAGCCCCCUGGACGCGUCCUCCUCCCUCAUCUUCUACAACGUCAACAAGCCCCCGCGUGGGGGCCGGCAGCAGAAGGCCCGCAUCCUGCAGGCUGGCACGCCACUGGGGCUCAUGGCCUACCUCUACUCCAGCGAUGCCUUCCUGGAGGGCUACGUCCAGCAGUUCCUGUACACCUUCCGGUACUUCUGCACACCACAGGACUUCCUGCACUUCCUCCUGGACCGCAUCAGCAGCACCCUGUCCAGGGCCCACGAGGACCCCACCUCGACCUUCACCAAGAUCUACAGGCGGAGCCUCUGCGUGCUGCAGGCCUGGGUGGAGGACUGCUACACCGUGGACUUCACCAGGAAUGCAGGGCUGCUGGGGCGGCUGGAGGACUUCAUCUCCUCUAAGAUCCUGCCCCUGGACGGUUCUGCUGAGCACCUGCUGGGCCUCCUAGAAGUGGGCACUGACCGGCGGGCUGAUGGUUCCCCUCGCAGCACAGACCUAGAGGAUCCCAAGGAGGCUGAGGAGGACACCAGACCCUUCAAUGCCCUCUGCAAGAGGUUCUCAGAGGAUGGCAUCUCCCGGAAGAGCUUCUCCUGGAGACUGCCCCGGGGCAACGGGCUGACCCUGCCACACCACAGGGAGCGCCAGUACACCAUUGCGUCUGCCUUGCCCAAGCCCUGCUUCUUCGAGGACUUCUACGGCCCCUACACCAAGGCUAGCGGGAAGGGGUCCUACUUCCUGACAGAGUACAGCACGCACCAGCUCUUCACUCAGCUGACGCUGCUGCAACAGGAACUGUUUCAAAAGUGCCACCCCGUCCACUUCCUGAACUCACGGGCCCUGGGUGUCAUGGACACAAGUGGAACCAUCCCCAAAGCCAGCUCUUCCGAGUCUCUGUCUGCCCAAACCUGCAGCCUGUUUCUGCCCAGUUACAUCCAGGACAAGUACCUGCUACAGCUUUUAAGAAAUGCAGACGACGUCAGCACCUGGGUGGCUGCUGAGAUCGUGACCAGCCACACCUCCAAGCUGCAGGUGAACGUGCUGUCCAAGUUCCUACUGGUGGCCAAGUCUUGCUAUGAGCAGAGGAACUUCGCCACAGCUAUGCAGAUCCUGGGUGGGCUAGAGAACCUGGCUGUGAGGCAGUCUCCUGCCUGGAGAAUGCUGCCUGCCAAGAUCGCAGAGGUCCUGGAGGAGCUGAAAGCCGUGGAGGUGUUCCUGAAGAGCGACAGCCUGUGUCUGAUGGAAGGUCGGCGCUUUCGAGCCCAGCCCACCCUGCCCUCAGCCCGCCUCCUGGCCAUGCACAUUCAGCAGCUGGAGACAGGGGGCUUCACCAUGACCAAUGGAGCCCACAGGUGGAGCAAGCUCAGGAACAUAGCCAAGGUGGUGAGCCAGGUGCACGCAUUCCAGGAGAACCCCUACACGUUCAGCCCCGACCCCAAGCUGCAGUCUCACCUCAAGCAGAGGAUCGCCCGCUUCAGCGGGGCCGACAUCGCCAUCCUGGCAGCAGACAGCAGGGCCAAGCUGCACCAGGUCCCGAGCGAGAAGCACUCUCGGAAGAUCCAGGACAAGCUGCGGAGAAUGAAGGCCACGUUCCAGUAGCUCAGGACCUGGCCGGUG